CCCUGCCUGUUUUUCACUUCCCAUUUUCUAUUAUCUCUUCUCUUUCUUGACACUAAAUUUCAUUUCUGCAUAUUUCUCCAUGACCAUGGAGCUGAUCCCGAGUCUCCCUAAUGAUGUUGCCCGUGAGUGUUUGAUCCGAGUCAAGUAUGAUCAAUUCGCUACGCUUUUGUCAACUUGCAAUGGGUGGAAGACGGAGAUCGAGCGGCCCGAGUUCUUUCAGCUCAGGAAGGCUACUUCCCAUGGUCAAAAGCUGCUUGUCAUGGCUCAAUCUCGCCCUCACCCGGAUAUCAAACAACCUGCUCAUAAAGGCCGCUCUGUUAAAACUGCUUUCGGUCUAUCUGUUUUGGAGCUGGAUACGGGUAUUUGGGUUGACUUGCCACUGCUCCCUCAUCACUUCCCUAAUGGGAUUCCUUAUUUUUGCCACCUUGUUGCUGUCGGCUAUGAUCUUAUACUCAUCGGUGGUUUAGAUCCAGUGACUUGGGACGCCUCCCCUUCGGUCUUUGUUUUCAAUUUCUUGACGGCCAAGUGGCGCCGGGGGGCUGAUAUGCCCGGCGCACGCAGGUCUAUGUUCGGAUGCGCUUCCGGUCAUGGUCCGAUGGUGUAUGUUGCCGGCGGUCAUGACGAAGAGAAGAAUGCUUUGAAAUCUGCAUUGGCAUAUGACGUGGUGAGGGAUGAAUGGACUCCGUUACCCGACAUGUCAAGAGAACGGGACGAGGUUAAGGGCGUUUUUCGCCACGGCAAGUUCCACGCCGUCGGCGGCUACUGCACCGAAACGCAAGGCCGAUUCGAGAGAAGCGCCGAGGUGUUCGAUGUUGAGACAUGGCAUUGGGAUCACGUGCGGGAAGACUUCUUGGAAGCCAGCACGUGUCCGAGCACUUGCACACCUGGAAAUGACAUGGAUAUGUAUAUGAUUUACGAAGGUAACGUGGUGGCAUCAAAAGACGCCAAAUGGCAAGUGAUUGCCAAGCUACCUGGUGACGUGUGCAAGAUGUCCUACAUGACGAGGUGGCAAGACAAGUUGAUGGUGAUUGGUUCUUUAAGAUUGGAUGAGCCCCACAAUGCUUACGUGUUGAAUUUGGAGAAAUCUGAAUGGACCAAAUUGUGGAUCCCUCAAGAUUACUCUGGUCAUGUUCAUACGGGAUGUUACUUAGAGAUUUGAAGCAUUGAUAUUUUACAUAAAUAACAAAUUUCGAAUUUUUUAUAGUACAA